UCCAAUAUGGCAGCGUCCUUGAUAAACAUGUUUUCACUGUUGUGAAGUGUCCGACAUGAGUCGGUCAUGCAAGUUGCAGUUACAGUGGAGGAUUUAAAGCUGUCAAGAUAAUACUCUUCUAACACAAGAUGGAUAGAAGAGAAUUCACCGCAUCUCUUGUGGCAGGUGGCUGUGCAGGGAUGUGUGUCGACCUCACCCUCUUCCCUCUGGACACUAUUAAGACCAGGCUGCAGAGCCAGCAGGGCUUCUACAAGGCCGGAGGCUUCCGAGGCAUUUACGCAGGCGUCCCAUCGGCAGCCAUCGGCUCCUUCCCCAAUGCUGCAGCCUUCUUCGUCACCUACGAGAGCGCUAAGUCCCUGCUGGGCGUGGCUGUCCCACCGCACAUGGCACCUGUCACUCACAUGCUAGCCGCCUCCCUCGGAGAAAUAGUGGCCUGUCUGAUUCGUGUGCCCACUGAGGUAGUGAAGCAGAGAACCCAGGCGUGCCCCUCCACCAACACCUACCAGGUGCUAGUGGCGACACUCAGGCAGGAGGGUGUGAAGGGUCUGUACCGAGGCUACGGCAGCACAGUGCUCAGAGAGAUCCCCUUCUCUCUGGUGCAGUUUCCACUGUGGGAGUACUUGAAGAGUCUGUGGUCAUGGAGGCAAGGUCACACGCUGUAUUCUUGGCAGGCUGCAGUGUGUGGAGCUUUUGCAGGUGGAAUUGCAGCGUUUGUCACCACGCCUCUGGACGUAGCGAAGACCAGGAUAAUGUUGGCGAAGGCAGGGACGAGCACAGCCAAUGGCAACAUCCCCCUGGUGCUGUGCGAGGUGUGGAGGAGUCAGGGGGUGACCGGGCUCUUUGCAGGAAGUGUUCCCAGGAUAACCUCCAUCAGUCUGGGCGGCUUCAUCUUCCUGGGGGCGUACGAGAAGGUGCGACGAACCCUGCUGUCAUGACUGGGCCCUGGGGAUGAUCACAGUUGAGCCCCCCCCCCCCUUCCAUCCCAAAGCCAUUCUCCUGUGAGGAUCCCAGCCAGUCCCAGUUUAAGCUGGUCAGCCGUUUGGGUUUGGGGUGGUGUGGUGUGUGUGCGUGGGGGGGUGUAUUACUCGGGGCCAGGGGAUAGAUGGACACCUGGUGCCUGGAGAAGCAGCCCUCCUAUCACAUUACCGAGCGUAUUGCAUUCUUGGUCAUCAGUGCAAAGCAUAUUAGGUUUAACUGCUUGAAUUCCAGUUAUUUAACGGCACAGAUCAUUUUCACAUGGAUACCUCAAAUGACAGUCCUGUUCUGAGUAUGCUGAUUUGUGUGUAUGGUUCUAAAUUCAGCAAUAAAAUGCUGUUUUUUUUA